GGAGCGGAGCCGUGGCCGCCCCGAGCCCGUCACUUCCUGCCCCCGGGCCGGGGCCGCUUCCCCUUUAAGGGCUAGGGGCGCUGCGGCGGCUGCGGCAGCUGCUCGCUAUGGUGGUGGUGAAAAGCCUGGAGGGCAGCUCGGCCGAGGCGGCGGCGACCGUGACCGUAACCAUGACCCCGGCUGCGGCUCCUGCGGCGGACGGGGGCGGAGGAGCAGGAGCAGCGGCGGCGGCCCCCCCCGGAGCGCCGCCGGGCGGGGAGCCCUACCUACACUACCACUCCCACCUCCCGAGCUCGAGAGCCAAGCGUCUCAGCCCCGCCAAGCGGAGGCAGUAUUUCAUCAACCAGGCAGUGAGAAACUCGGACCUCACGCCCAGGGCCAAGGGCCGAAAGAGGCUGCAGCAGAUGGAGAACAGCCACUAUUUGAUGACGCUUAUGGAGAGGGUUGAAUGCUCCCCUGAUGAUGGGGACCUGGCCCUCCCUGCUACUCCCAGCAUCUUUGCCAAAGCCUGCAGCAAUGAGACCUACAUUGAGAUCUGGAGUGAUUUUAUGAAUCGAUCUGGGGAGGAGCAGGAGCGGGUGCUCCUGUACCUGGAGGAAGAAGCUACAAAGAAGCAGAAAAGGAAGGUCCCUGCUAAGACUGAGGAUAAUCGGAAAGAAGAUCCAUCUUACACACCCCAGGCCUGCUUUCAGAGGAUUAACCGUCGCCUGCGGACCACCCUGAAGCGGGGGAGAAUCCCCAUGGACACGCUGGAGGGUCUGGAAGGAAAACUCCUGCGGUUUUUCUCUGUCACCCCUCGAUCUGUCUACAUAGCCAUGAUGGAUAGCAGCUUUGAGCGGCUCUUGCUUCAUGCCCUCUGCCAGUACAUGGACCUGGUCUCUGCCAGUGCCGACUUCGAGGGCAGACGGCAGAUGAAGGUGAGAAACAAGCAUGCCAGCUUCUUGCCUCCGGAGCAGCUGCUGUCUGCCUACCUGGAGCAGAGGAGCUGAUGGCAUCCCUCCCUCUUCCCCGCCCUGGGGCCAGGAGGCCCUGUCCUCUUCCUCCCCUCUCCUGGGAGGUGGGACAGGACUUGCCUACCCCAGGGCAGCAUGGUCCCCAGAUCUGUUGAUUGUCAUCGUUAUUAUUUUUUUAAUCUACCUUGAACUCUGCCUGGCCCACUUUGCUUAGAUCUGGGGUUUGCUUCGGGUGUUUUAUUGUAAUUUUCUUUUUUUACAAGGUACUUAAAAAGUCUUGAUUUUUUUUUUUGUGGAUUUCACCCCUGACCUGAAAGUCUUUCAUUCCUCUUCCCUGCCCCCUCCAAUCUAUUGGCCUUUUCCCUUGGAAAGAGGUCUGCUUGGGGUGCUUCCCCCUCAGAUUCUUUGGGGUGUUCUGGAGGAAGCUCUGGACAUCCCCUCUGCCCCAGGCCUGCAUCCCAGGCCCCGUAGAUGUUUACAAGCCCACUGUGCUGUGACCCUAGGGGUCUGAGCUGGGGCUGGGGGUUGAGGGUUGUUCACUGAGCAGGGAAGACUUCAGGGAGUGAGCAGCCCUUCCCGGAUCAGUGGCAUCUGCCUCAGAGGGAGGUAGGCUGGCAGGCAGGGUUUUAUCAUUAUUAUAAUAUUUUUAAAAGAUUUUUUUUUUGAGGAGGGGUUGGGGAGGGUGUAGUGGCUGGUUUGUUUUGGUCUUGGUAAAAGAAACCAAAUUUGAGUUAGAUUCUCCUUAGGAUCUAGCUCUCCUCAAAUGAUCAAUUUGUGUGGCUAGAGGUGUUUCCACUCCCCACCCCCAGCCAUUGAGCCAUCCCCCAGACCUGAGGGAAGAUGGCCGGCCUGGGGGUGUUUUUCAUUAUUGCUCAUACCAUGACCAUAGUUUUUCUAUAGUGUGUGUUAUGUGUAUCUCUGUUGUGUGUGUGUGUGUGUGUGUGUGUGUGUGUGUGUGUGUGUUUGGCCCUGACGCCUCCCCCUCCCCUAUUUCCCCCCCCCCCCAGCAGAGCAGCUCCAUCCUCCAUCCCCUAGAGAAUGAAUGUUUUAAAAACCCCACAUUGUAACUCUGGGCCUGAAAGGUUCCAGGUCUCUCCUUUUAGGGGGUGUGUGUUUGUUUUUUAAAUCGUCUGCGUCUUCCUGUGGUGCCUUUUUUGCAGAAUUACUUGUUAUCACUUGCAUGGCGGGUGAAGCUGCAGGGCUCCUGGCCUCCCCUCUUGCUCUAGGCCCUGGUCCCACAGGGGUCCUCGUGGGGGGCUGUUUGCCAGCCAGGGCCCCAGGACCCAGAGCUUGGUGAUCCUCGGCCGGGGGGGGCCCCUGGUCAGCAAUAGCCUCUCUUGACCCCACUCCUGCAUUUGGGUCUCCCCUCCCCUCCCCUCUGAUCCCAGGAAUGGGAUAACCACAGGGGACAUGGGCCGGAGGGUUGAUGUCCCUGGCCUACCUCUUUUCUGGGUCUCGCUGCCCAGGCAGGCCUCGAGAGCCAUUGGUGGAGAAGGCAAGGGAGGCUGCUGGCUAGGCCUUGGCUAUUGCUUGGCUUUGGGGAAGGUGGGUAUAAUAAAUUCCUGGUGCUCUGUACUUA